AUGGCGGCGCGGGCAGGGCCCGGCCGGCCGCGGGCAGUGGGCGCGGCGCCCCGCGGGGGUCCCGCGGGCGGCGGCUGCGUGCGGCACCCGAGCGCGGGGGACCCGUCAGAGCCCCUCCGGGCUCUUCAGACAAAAUGGGAGUCCUUUGGACCAGCAAGGAAUUGUAGAUACCCCGUUUGCUUCCCUGAAUCCGACAGCAACGUCACCAGAACCUCUGUGAGCGCCAAAGUGCAGAUGAUCAUAAACAACCUGCAAAGCCAAGAGCCUGCCCUGGGUAUGAGCCAUGAGUGUGGCUGUGUUGUGCAGAAGAAACAGAAGGGAGAAAAAGGCACCAGUACCAGAGUCACAUCCAGCACCACGCUGCUGCGGAAGCAUCCUCAGUACAGCCAGAGUGGGUGCCCUGAGGAUUCUGAUGACAGUGAAGUGGAAAAGAAUGUUGAAUUUGGGACUCUCCUGCUGGAUUCUGACAGCGAUGAUUCUGUGGACCGAGGUAUAGAGGAAGCCAUCCAAGAGUACUUGAAAACAAAAAGCAAAAGUGCCCAGUCCUUGCCAAGGAAUGCAGAGCGUUCUGAGAAUGUGAGCAGAGACAAAAGGUUUAAGAGAGAAUUCUCUCAGAACAAAGUGGCAAGUAACCUCCUCCCUGUGAAAUUUAAAGCUGAGAUGCUCUCUGAAGAGUACCUGUCUGACCACCUGAGAAUUGGGAAAAGGCUCCAGCCUGCUUCUCCUCAGAGCAUCAGCAGCGAUGACUCCUUUGAACAGAGCAUACAAGCUGAAAUAGUGCAGUUCUUGAAUGAGAAAAAGCAGCAAGAAAUUAGUAAAUGUGUUACUGAGGAGGAUAAAAAAGAUUCUCGUGUGAGAUCUGUCCUGAAAUGCAACAAAGAAGCAACGAACAGAGCAAACUGUGGUGCUCUAAAGCAAGAUUGUAAUGCACUGCUCCUGAGACACCAUCCCAAGCUGCAAAAAUCCAGUGCCCAGUCCAAGUGUUUGCAGUCAAAAAUCCAAGCAGAGCCCAGUGAUUUGAGUCAGGUGAACCAAGCAUAUCUAGAAAUGGCCACUGCCAGCCAGCCCUGGCUCAUGGAGCAGAAUGAGGGAAGUGGAGCUCAUUACUGGGAGCCAAGGGAAGCACUUACCAAGGAGAGCAUGCACACAUCUGACUCGAGCAGCGAUGAUGGCAUCGAAGAAGCCAUUCAGCUUUACCAGCUGGAGAAAAUCAGGAAAGAGGCAGGUCAUGCAGCAAACUGUGUACCUUUGCAGAGGGAACAAUUUGAUCCAAAGGGUGUGGCAGACAUUUCUGCCAGCCUGACAAUUAGCUCCACAAAAAGUGCCUCACCAGAAAUCCCUAAAAACCCUAUAAGCAACAAGAGAAAAGAAAUUAAUUCCAAGUCAACGGGAUUAGAAAGCACCAGCAAUGACUUUAAUAAGCUGUUUAAACCACUGAAAAAAGCCAGACAUUUUGCACUUCCAGAAAACAAGAUUGCUGCUUGUGAGCUCACAUUGCAGGCCUCUUGCAGAGCAGACACAUCUGCAGAACUCAUGUGUGCAGAAGCUAUCCUGGAUAUUUCCAAAACAAUCAUGCCAUCCCAAAUGGGAAGUGACAACAAAUCCCUCACUGCAGACUCCUUCUUUUCUCCCCAGCUUCUCUCGUCCUCCCGUUGUGAAAGUGACAGCAGCCUUGUGGACAGUGAUGACAGCAUAGAGCAAGAAAUCAGGGCUUUUUUGGCUCUGAAAGCACAGUCAGAAAACCUUGGAACAAAACCUCCCAGCCUGUCACGCUCCAUCCAGAUGCCUUUGCCUUCUGAUCCAAACAGCCUCACCGGGACCCUUGAGCCUGCUCUGCCCAAAACACUGAAAUUAUCCCUGAGUAGGAAAAGGAGACUUAAAAGGGAAGGCAGAACAGCAAAACAAGGGGGGUCAAAACUACCUGAAGAGCUGGAACCAGGACUUCUCCAGCCAGGUAACUAUUCCAAAUUCCCUGUGCUCCAAGAGGAGCGUGCCCUGAGCAACCCCGCAGAACUCCGGGAUGCUCAGAGUAAUAAAGACCUGAGGCAGCAGCAGCUGAUGUCUCCCAAAUUGUCUGGCUCUGAUGGCAGUAGAUGUGUGUCCUUGGACUCUGUAAACCCUUUUCUGCAGGUUCAGAGUAGCACAAGAAAACCUAUAAAAAACCCCAUCCAGACCCCAGAGAGGGAAGGGUCGGGUGAUGAGAGCAGCUCUCUGGACAGUGAUGAGGACCUGGAUAGUGCUAUCAAGGAUCUGCUACGGUCUAAAAGGAAGUUAAAGAAGAAAUCCAAGGACCAGAAAGCUCAGUGUAAGAAGAAAGUCAGAUUCAGUGAGACAGAAACUCAGCUGCUGGAUGAGUUCAGUAGCCUCCAGCAAAAUGAGUGGAAAUGUAAAAAUCCCUCACUGCUAAAAAGCUGCCUCUCAAAACCCAGGAAAGCUGUGAGGGAGAGUGCAGUCAGGAACCCUCCAGACAACAUCAAGCUUCCCAAUGACAAGCCAGAAACCAUGAAAAACCUGGAGUUUAACUUACAGAUUAAAAAAAGCAAUAAACCUAAACCAGUUUCAAACCAGCGGGGGGCUAAAAAUAGAAAAUGUGCUUUCCCAGCUGUGUCAGACGCCAGUGACAGCAGCUCAGUGGACAGCGAUGACAGCAUCGAGCAAGAAAUCAGGAGGUUUUUGGCAGAAAAGGCUAAAGACUCUGCAAGCAAUUCAGAGAUGCAAAAAGGAGAAGAAAGGGAAGUUCUAAGAAGCUCCAGGUAUUGUCUAGAGUCUAAUACAAGAAUCACAGCAAAUGAAAGAGGGUUGCUUAUUUCUUUUUAGAUGUUAAAUCUUCAAAAUGUUGACUUUUCAGGCCCAUUUCUGCUCAGUUUAUUUAUCUGUUCCAAUUUAUUGGUGUGUUUGCAGCAGAGGGGGAUUUACCCAGCUCUUACCACAUGCCACAGGCAGGGAAUAUUUCUGACAUGUGAAGAGUAUCAGUCGCAGUGGGGUUUGGACAUAAUGUUACACUCAUUGUUUAUAUUUUUAGCAAACAGUUUGAAUAAUAUUCUGCUCAUCUUUAAUGUUAUGUUACACCUGUAAGGUGGGACAGUUUCUCAUCCAUCAACAGGCAGAGUAGUUUCUCUUAAAAACUCAUUUUUCAGUCAAAAAUGUUCAGAUGUUCUUUCAGUGCAGUCACUGUCCAACUGAUGCAGUUUCUUUGCCUGUCCCUACAGUUGUUCCAAUAAAACUUUAAACUUUUUUUUUGAUUGUCAUUA